GCGCUCUCUAGCUCUUCUCCUUCCAGCCCAACGUGCAUUGCCAGAUCGAUCCGGUCCACACUCGGAUAUCUACGAAAAAGCAGGCUCCCAGAUCGCAUCGAGAAGGGCUGCCUGCCUGCUCUGCGUCGCCCGGAGCCGCCUCCGUCAUGGGGACGUUGUUGGUCGUGUUUGCUUGCAUGCUUGAACAACGUCUCCCCCGGGCCCCUCCCUCCUUCGGGACUCCACAUCCUUCCUCCACCCGCGUCCGCACGAGCCCCUCCAAGCAAGCAACACCCUCGCCUCUCGCCUCAUCAGCGAGCAAACCAGUACCCCGCCGCCCAUUGCCAUCUCCCGCGCGAUCUCGCCUUGCGAAAUCCCAUGCACAUCGACCCACGACCAUGCCCAUCCCUUCCUGCCCCCUCUCUCUCUCUCGGGGUAGUCUCUCCACUUUGUUCGUGUUUUGCCAUUGCCGUCGUCGUCGUCGUCGUCUGCCCUGCACAUCAGUACUCACGGCGAAACAGCCCGCGCGCGCCCACACCCGCAACCGCCACGUCCUCGCCCCGACCCCCCCGCUAGCGGCCGCGCCUUCCCGCCGGCGCGACGUUUCCGAAGCAAGGGCCCAUCCCGCCGCCGCGCCUGUCACAGCCCGUGGAGUUAACGGCACGCGUAUCGGCCGGGCCCUGACUGAUGAUCUGCGCGCUGCUGCUCCAUCUCUCUCGGUCUCCUCUUUCUCUUUGCCCGCUCGCGCCAUCCUGGCUAGACUCCGGCUCAUCAGCCUGCCAUGUCUGCGUCUUGUGUCGGUGACGGGUGACGGGUCCUUGUGCGGAGGUGCAUGUCUCUGCCCUUCCGUCUGGCCCCCAGCCCCAGCCCCAGCCCCAGCCCCAGUCCCGGUCCCAGCCAACCAGCCUGCCCGCCUGCCUGCCCCAGCCAAAAGACCCAGACCCAGACCCAGACUCCGUCUGCGUGCCUGCUGCCCUACCUACCUAAGGCCUAAGGCACCUACCUACCUGCCUGCCUGCCUGCCGCACCGCCUUGCCGCCCGCUGCACCUCAGCUCGGCUCGCUCUGCCCAACUCAACUAACUCUACCCGUGACCGGGCGCCCCCCAUGGAGCCAGCUAGCCGGGCACCGCCGUCGCCGUCGCCGUCGCCGCUGCCGGCCACGGGGGCGGGGGACAAGUCGGCGUCGGCCGUGGCCGAGGGCGGCGGCAAGGCGGUUGGCGGCGUUCGUCCACCACCUCACCCACCACCCGCCCGUCUUUCCGCCCACCUUGUCCACGCUGCUGUUGCUGCUGUUGUUGCCGCCCGACUUGACUUUGUCGUGCAUGCGUGCGUUGCGUGCGUCCAGUCAGGUUGCCUUGUCCCCGCGCGGGCACGCGCGCCCGCUGCCGCUGCCGCUGCCGCUGCCGCACAUGGAGCCCGCACAUCAGCCGGCCCCGACUGA